GCAAAGUCAAUCACCCACGUUUUUCACGUGGGAAUCAGGCACGGAUCACUUGGCAGAGAUGGAGCCGGUCGAGGCGACGGUGCCGAUGGCCAACGGCCACGCGAUGCACUACUCUCGCUACGGACCAGCGGAAGCGAGCGUAACGUACGUCUGCCUCCACGGCUCGCCGGGUACGUGGCGCGACUUCAAGUACCUCGCGCCACGCCUCGUCGCCGACGACACGAACGUCCUCUCGUUCGACCUCCCGGGGUUCGGUCGAACCAGCGCCAAAGUUGUUGGCGGCAGCAGCAAGCUCACGGCUACAUCCCUCGCGACGGCUGUGGUCGAUGCGCUGCAGCUUCUUUCGCUGCGCCACUGCAUUGUCGUUGGGCACUCGAUGGGCGGCCUCACAACCCUCGAAGUCGCCGCGGGCCUCGCGACGCAGCCGUGGCUAAAAGGCGCAGUCUUCCUCAACCCCGCCGGCCUGCGCCCGCACAAGGCGCGCUGGCCGAUCACCGAAUCGGCGCUUGCGUGGGCGCUACGUUUAGCGGGCCCGGGAUCAAACCCGAUGACGCGCUGGAACCACCACAUUCACGUCAACGGACUCAAGCUCCCAAAGGCGACACAUGAAUUCGACUGCGCCAACGCCGUCUACCGCCUCGCCUCGGUCGACUACGAUACGCUUCAGACGGCAGCGAUGACCGUCGUUGCCCGGCGGCUCCCGGCGUUCGUCGCGAUCGCUACUGAUGACCACGUCGUCGAAGCCGUGGUUGGGCGUGAACUCGGUGAGGCACUGCGCGCACAAGUCAUCAAGGAGUAUGCAAACGGUGGCCAUCAUCUUCAAAAGACGCAAGCCGCCGAUCUCGCGCACAAGCUUCGCGCGUGGACAAAGGACGUUGUGCUGCGGCAGCCCAUGUCUCGCCUCUAGUCGUAUCGAUUUAUAAUCUUCUGGUCGACUAGUAUUCUUGAGAAGACGUUUCGUUUGCAGUCUUAAUGACGCUCAACGCUGUUUCGCAGUCUGCC